UUGAGAGUUGAGACUUUGAGGUGGCUUGGUGUAUUUUUUGAGUUUUUCUCUGCGUAUACAAUCGUUGUUACAUGGUAGAGCGGUAGUCUGUGGGCUCCCUCUUCGUCUCUCCCUAGUAUUUCGUGCACUGAGAGGGAGAGAAAGGGAGGGGGAAAGUGAGUCAGUUGGAAGUUGGAACAGAGAUAGAGACAGAGACAGAGAGAGGGAGAGAAUUCGUGUUGACGUUGAGCUUGCAGCAGAAUGGCUUUCCAGCGGCGUCGCCAGAACCAGCACUACCAGCUUCGGAUUCUUAUUCCGGUUCUGUCCACCAUAUUUGCCGCUCUUCUACUCCUCAUUACUCUUCUGUCGUUUCUCGCCCCUCCGCCUACAGACCACAACCGCCUUCGCCACUCCACUUCGUUUAACAAUGGCAUCGAGAUUCAGAGGAACGUCAUCAGAAACCAAGUGUUCCGUGUUCCGAUCGGUGGAGGGAGCGCAGGACAUGAUCUUUGGGUCUCGAAGUUGUCGAAAUUCUACUACGGAUGCAGUAAUGCCAGCAACAAGUUUGCGCCAGCUGAAGUUGUUACACAACCAAAUCGGUAUUUGAUGAUUGCGACCAGUGGGGGCUUAAAUCAACAAAGAACAGGGAUAACAGAUGCUGUCGUUGCAGCCCGCAUUUUGAAUGCUACUUUAGUUGUUCCUAAGCUGGACUCAAAAUCCUUCUGGAAGGAUGCUAGCAAUUUCUCCGAGAUCUUUGAUGUUGAUUGGUUUAUAUCUUUUCUCUCAAAAGAUGUUAAAAUCAUAAAACAGCUCCCUAAAAAGGGUGGGAAAGUUGUUACUCCAUACACUAUGCGUGUUCCAAGGAAGUGUACAGCAAGAUGCUAUCAAACACGUGUACUACCAGUUCUUAUGAAAAAACAUGCUGUUCAGCUCACCAAGUUUGAUUACCGGCUGGCAAAUAAAUUGGAGACAGAUUUUCAAAAGCUGAGAUGCAGAGUGAAUUACCAUGCUCUGAAAUUUACUGAUCCAAUUCUUAAAAUGGGCAAAAAGUUGGUCCAAAGGAUGCGAAUGAGAAGCAGACAUUUUAUUGCCUUGCACUUGAGGUUUGAACCUGAUAUGCUUGCAUUCUCCGGAUGUUAUUAUGGUGGAGGAGAGAAGGAAAGGAGGGAACUGGGUGCAAUCCGUAAGAGGUGGAAAACUCUGCAUCAGAGAAGUAAUCCUGACAAGGAGAGGAGGCAUGGAAAGUGCCCACUCACUCCUGAGGAAGUUGGUCUUAUGCUGAGAGCAUUGGGAUUUGGCAGUGACAUUCACAUCUAUGUUGCAUCUGGUGAAGUAUAUGGAGGUGAAGAAACAUUAGCCCCCCUCAAGGCAUUGUUCCCAAAUUUCUAUACAAAGGAAACUAUAUCCAGUAAGGAGGAAUUGGCACCAUUCUCCUCAUUUUCUUCACGUAUGGCUGCGCUUGAUUUCAUUGUUUGUGAUGAAAGUGAUGUAUUUGUGACCAAUAAUAAUGGUAACAUGGCUAGAAUGUUAGCUGGUCGAAGGAGAUACUUUGGACACAAACGAACUAUUCGGCCGAAUGCUAAGAAACUGUACUCUUUGUUUCUCAGCCGAGAUAACAUGACCUGGGAAGCAUUUGCAUCUAGGGUUCGUACUCACCAGCGAGGGUUCAUGGGAGAGCCAAAGGAGGUAAGACCUGGCAGAGGUGAAUUUCAUGAGAAUCCAUCUACCUGCAUAUGUGAAGAUCCAGAGGCUAAGGUCAAGUUAGAUUCAGGUUCCCAAAGGACAAAAGUCCAUGAAAAUGGCAGAGUAAAUAAUACAGGGAAAGAAACUGGUGAAUCAGCCGAUGACCAUUCUCCUGAUGAUGAGCCAGAUUGGUCUGAUUUAGAUUACAUGGAAAAUCAGAAUGGGCUUGGAGAAAAAGGGUUGACCAAUGGAAAUGAUAUGGAUUAUAGCCUGCUUCUCAAAUCUGAGGAACCGGAAUUAGAGGAGAUGCUAUCCGAUUAAAUGAAACUGCUGGUUGUCCUUGAGAGUUUGGUUAUAGCUAACUCAUUCUUUCAUCAAAUUCUUUGAACCCAUCCUCUUCAACUCUUCGACGUUCUCAUCGUUAAGGAAUAGCUGUUGAGAAUAGAUGGUGCAGUAUCCUUCUGUAUAUACAACCUCCGGGAUAGUGUACAGUGUCCCAUUAUUGAGAACGAGAAUUGAAUAUUGAGGUCAUAAGGUUCCUGAGAUCCCAUGUACAAUGCCUUACAUUCAGCGAUUUUUCCAACUGUAAAUUUGAGUUGAUGAGCGGUGGAUAUGGAUGAGGUAAUUGAGGCGAGGGGAGGGGAGGAACAGACAAGUGUGUCGUACUUGUGUAGUUUUUUGUCUUUUUAUUUCUUUUUUACUUUUUUGUCUGGGAGAAAAAAUGAAUGUUGUUGGAACACAGUUUGGUUGAACUAAAAUGUUUGAAGUGGUGCAAAUGUGCAGUGAUGAAGAGAUUUUUUAGGCUUA